UCGUUUGGAGAUACUCUGCUCAAAAGGCUCGGCGUUAUCACUGCUCAUCCUGACGUUCUACGUAUUGAUCUCGAUUCCAAACCAUUGAAAUUUCUGAUUGUUGGAACAGACGGCUUCUGGGAUGUCGUGUCAAGCGAGGAGGCUGUAAAUUUCGCCAUCGAUUACUUGAGGUCACAUGACAGGCGAGAUUGGCACCGUAAUUUCUACAUUUCUCGUGCAAAUUGCCCUUCGUCGUCUUACACUAGACAACGUUUCCGUUCUGUUCAUCAAACUGUGAUAGUCAGGUUUCCUCAAAGAGACGAAAGGUACUCUGGAUUAGGUCUCUAUUAUUUUUCGUGUUGUCUCGCACUCUAUGCUAUCUAA